CGACGUUUCCGACGUCCUCCUUGUCCACUCGAGCACGCUCGCAUUUCGUUACCGGUCCCAGCUGCAAGACCCAGCGACCCGCAGCGUUUAAAGCACGCAAUUUCUUGCGCAAUGGCACCGUCAAAUUUGCAGGGGCUUAAUAUCGUCCAGCCCGCUCCACCGCAGAAUCCUUACCUGUCCGACCAGGAUCUGCUCUCUGUUCCCCCGUUCCCCGACCUAACAGCCCAACUUGACUUAUGGACGAACCUUAGCUUUCAGUCGGACGAGCCCCUCGUCUCCCGCAAGGACGUCGGGAAACGCGCCGGGUCUGUCCCAGCCAGCGAAGAUGAUUCCGAUCGCUACAACCUCGGCGACGAUGAGUUGCAUGCCACUGGCAAGAUUGCCGAGACGCAUGCGCAUGAGAACGUUGUAACGGGCACCGUCGUUCCUCCGACCUCCGUUCCCACUCCUGCAUCUACCGGACUACCUCAGCUCCCUCCCUUUGAUAUAGGGAGCCUCUUUGCAAGCUUCGGAAUCGACCCCUUCCAGAUCCCGUCCUUGCCAUCUGUCCCCUCGCCUGCAACAGCCACUAACACACCCUCACUCGCCCAGCUACUCUCCUAUCACUCUGUCGCGGGCCUUCCCCCUCUUAACAUUCCAGGAACCACUUCUGCUACUCCCGCACCGGCAUCCGUGUCUGUCACAUCCGCUUCCACCGCGACGCAGUCCCAGCAAUUGGCAUCAGCAACACCGGCACCAGCCCCGAAGCGUGCGCGGACCUCUCGGGCGUCCAUCUCGAUGGAUCGCCGCUCGCCUGAGGUGUCGUCACCGGUUUCCCCAGAAGCCGACGAAGAGUCCUCGUCUACCACGAUGACAGCAGCGGAGGACAAGCGUCGGCGAAACACUGCCGCCUCGGCCCGCUUCCGCCUCAAGAAGAAGGAGCGCGAGGCCGCACUCGAAAAGAAGGCGAAGGAGCUCGAAAUGCGCGUGGGAGAGCUCGAGAAGGAGUGCGAGGCCCUGCGCAGGGAAAAUGGAUGGCUCAAGGGUCUCGUUGUCGGAGUCACCGGCGCGGGUGCCGUACAGCAGCAACAAGUCGCCGCUGCAACCGCAGGCGCGAAGAGGACGAGGGAAGAGGCAGACGAAAAGGCGCAGUCAUGAUAGAUUUACGUUACCUCUCCGUCAUUCCAUCGUUUUUCUGGCACUCGCUGUCGCACGUCGUGGGUUCUCCGUUUCGAUACGUACUAACGAAUACUGUAUUUGUAUGUACCCUUCCCCGGGAACACUAACCUUGUGCGUCUUGUAGACAUCUCAACUACUGUAUUUUGAAUACCACAGGC